GGACCUGGCUGGCUCCUCCUGCUCUCGCUCGAGGCUCCGACGCGCAGCCAAAAGCGAAUCCCGGCGGCAGCGCUCGGCAGAGGCUCCGACGGCUCCCGGCCCCGCUGCUCGCCCAAGCGUCCACCCCGCGCCCGCGUCCCAGCCAUGGCAAGAAACCACCAAGUGCAGAAGGCCAAGCUGGCCGAGCAGGCUGAGCGCUACGAGGACAUGGCAGACUUCAUGAAGGCCGUGGUGGAGCACGGGGACGAGCUGUCCAACGAGGAGCGCAACCUCCUCUCAGUCGCCUACAAGAACGUGGUGGGCUGCCAGCGCUCGGCCUGGAGGGUCAUCUCCAGCAUCGAGCACAAAACCGAGGAGGGUGACGACAAAGCGCAGGUGGUGAACGAGUACCGGGAGAAGGUGGAGCAGGAGCUGAACGCCGUCUGCAACAACGUGCUGGGCUUGCUGGACAAGUAUCUCAUCAAGAAGGACAGCGAUACCGAGAGCAAGGUCUUCUACCUGAAGAUGAAGGGUGACUACUUCCGAUACCUGGCUGAGGUGGCCAGCGGGGACGACCGCCUGUCGACGAUAGAGAAGGCCCAGGAGGCCUACCAAGAGGCCAUGGACAUCAGCAAAAAGGAGAUGCAGCCCACGAACCCCAUCCGCCUGGGGCUGGCCCUCAACUUCUCCGUGUUCCACUACGAGAUCGCCAACGCCCCUGAGCAGGCCAUCUCCCUGGCCAAGACCACCUUCGAUGAGGCCAUGGGUGACCUGCACACGCUCAGCGAAGACUCCUACAAGGACAGCACCCUCAUCAUGCAGCUGCUCAGGGACAACCUCACGCUAUGGACAGCCGAGUGCGCCGGCGAAGACGGCGGCGAGGCUGGCGAAGAGCCCAAGAACUGAGCGUCCCCUGCCGAGCCGGGGACCAGCCCCACCUGCCCCGCUCCAGACCCUUCGGCAUCUCUUCGUGUUUUUUUUUUUUUUUUGGUUGUCGUUUUUGUUUUUGUUUUUUUUUGGUUUUUUUGGUUUUUUUUUGGUUGGUUUUGGUGGGGAGGAGUCUCAGCUCCCCCCAGCCUGGAUACCGGGAGUGGGGGUGGUUUUGGCAGGGCCCCUCGCUCCCUCUCCCCCAUCCUCUGCUCUGGGGAGGGGGAAAAGAGGGAGAGGGGGUGCCUCUGUCCCAGAGAGCUGCCAGCCCCCAACUAUUUAACAUUUUUUUGUGGGGGGCGUCCAGUCUGGCUUGUGCCAGCUCCAAACCCCCUGUCCCAGAGGGCUGGAGCAGCGACAGGAGGAGGUGAGGGGCUGGGCCGGGGCGAGGGGGGGGUCCAGGCAGCCCCCCCAUUCCGGGAGGGGGUCGCGUGUUGCCAAAGCCUCUGUGCUCCAAUAAACCUUCUCCUGCA